AUGACUACCAUUGGGACUUCGUCAAGUCAAAAUGGUUCCAAUAAUGUGGUACCACCCGUGGCCAUACCGCUGCAUAAUACUACUAUCCCACAUGGGAAAAAGUCGGAAAAAUUUGCAGGGGAAAAUAAUCGUGAAUCGAUUAUUGCUUUAGAUGCAUGGAAACACUCGAACUUUCUAUGCAAGAACUAUAUCCUAAACGCAUUGGAUAAUACACUAUAUGGGGUGUAUAGUUCAAAGGAAUCAGCCAAGGAACUAUGGAAUUCUUUGGAGACAAAGUACAAAAUCGAGGAUGCCAGAACAAAGAAGUUCAUUAUUGAUUUCAAAAAUUAUCUCAAGCACAAACGUAAGGAAAUGAACUUGGAAGAAUUGAUUGUGCGCUUGAGAAUUGAAGAGGACAAUCGAAAAACAGAACGGAGGCCGGUUGAUCAAGAUGGUGCAAAUUUUGUUGAAAUAGAAUCAAAGGCAACAAACAAGAAACGAAAGGCUCCUAAUUAUGCACCGCAAAGAGACAAUUUCAAGAAGGCUAAGAAGUCCAAAGGGAUUUGUUACAACUGGGGCAAGACUGGACAUCGUUCAAGUGAAUGUCGAAAGCCAAAGAAGAAUGCUCAAGCCCACAUUGUUGCAAAUAUCACUCUAUCUGAUGGACUGCAAGAAAUGAGUUUAUUUGCAGCAUUGUCCGAAUGCAACAUGAUUGGAAAUACUAGAGAAUGGUGGAUUGACACCGGCGCUACCCGCCAUGUGUGUGCGGACAAGGGGACGUUCUCCAACUAUCAAGAAUUGAAUGGGGAAUAA